GUUUGAGUCUAGUCUCUCAAGUAUCAAUAAAGCGGUUUUGUGAAAAUUGAACGGAUAAUGACGAAAUUUGGAGUGUUCCUUCUUCUGGUCACGACAAUAUCAGUCUCUGCAGUCUACUUCGAAUGUGAGUACGACUACUUUCGAUUAGGAAACAUUAUUGGAUCUCAAUACUCAUGUCAUGGCAUGCCUCGAGGUGGCAUGGACGAUCCAGUUGUUCGGGGAAUCACAGGACUUCACCAUACCGGUCGAACUAAUGCGGACGUCAUUGGUUUUUAUAUGUAUCACGACAAGAGAAUGACCUUCAUACCACGAGGAUUAACUCCGUUUUUUACUAACAUGCGUGCUUUAGCAUUACUAAACUGCUCACUUACCAAUCUUGGAUCGGAUGAUAUGGUGGGAUAUCACAGUCUGCAAGCAUUGUCGUUGCGUGAAAAUUACAUUGAACGAAUUGAGCCUGGUUUUUAUCAGCAUGUACCGAAUCUGUUAGAGACAAAUAUGUUUCAAAAUCGUCUCAGAGAAGUUGGUCAUAAUAUUUUGGCACCCCUGGUUCUCUUAACGGGUGCGAAUUUCGUCGAUAAUUAUUGUAUCAAUAUGAGUGCAUCAGAUUCAAAUACUUUGCUUGCACUGCAAAAUGCUUUGAAUGCAAAUUGUUCAAUGGUGCAGGAAAGUGAUCAAAAUUAAUAAAUAAAAGUACAAAAACAAAU